AUGACCGAAGCUGACAUUAAGUCUGUUAUAAACGAAGCAAUUGUUAAAGAUAAUAUCAGCAGAGCUGACACGGCUGAUGCUAUCUUGUCUCAAGAAUUAUGUGAAUGUAUCGAAACAGUAACCAAGUCUUUAACAGAGCAACAGAAUGCUAUUGGAGUAAUAUCCAAUAUUCGUAGGCAA